GUGCACGCUGAACUGCAUCGUCGCCGUGUCCCAGAACCUGGGCAUUGGCAGGAACGGGGACCUGCCCUGGCCCCCGCUCAGGUAAACAGAAUUUGGUGAUUAUGGGUAGGAAGACAUGGUUCUCUAUUCCUGAGAAGAAUCGACCUUUAAAGGACAGAAUUAAUAUAGUUCUCAGCAGAGACCUCAAGGAACCUCCACAAGGAGCUCAUUUUCUUGCCAAAAGUCUGGAUGAUGCUUUAAAACUUACUGAGCAACCAGAAUUAGCAAAUAAAGUGGACAUGGUUUGGAUAGUGGGAGGCAGUUCUGUUUAUAAGGAAGCCAUGAACAAACCAGGCCAUCUUAGACUAUUUGUGACAAGGAUUAUGCAUGAAUUUGAAGGUGACACAUUUUUCCCAGAAAUUGAUUUGGAGAAAUAUAAACUUCUGCCAGAAUACCCAGGUGUUCUUUCUGAUGUCCAGGAGGAGAAAGGCAUUAAGUACAAAUUUGAAGUAUAUGAGAAGAACGAUUAAUGUGAAGAUAUUUUUUGAUUUAUUUCAAGUUAGUUCCCCCCCGACCAAACAAUUCUAUCUAUAUUUUAAUAUUAGAA